AUGAACGCUAUGAUGGAAGAUAAAAGGAACGAAUUUUCCUUCGAAAAUGAAGAAUUCGAGGAUGUUGAACAUGCGUAUGAUAAUUUCAAUUCAGAAGUCCACGUUCAUAUGGGAUUGAAUGGUGAGAAUGAAAGUGAUGUUAUGAUUGAUGACUUCAGCAGCAGUGGAAGCGAAUGUUCUGGAAGUUGGGAAUCGUUAAAUAAGGACGAUUGUGAUAAUGAGAACAGUGAUACAGACAGAAAAAGUGAGAAUGAUGGAGUAGGGGAUAAUGACGAAAUGAGUGAGGGAAAAAAGAAAAAAAAAAAAAAAGGGGAAUCCAAAAAGGGAAAAAAAGACAAUGACAUAAAAUUAGCAGUUAAAAUUGCAUUACAAGUAUUGUUAAAAAAUCAACCAUUUCCAGUUAAAAGAGAAGAAUUAUUUUCAGCUAUUAUUAUGUAUGUACCGAAUUGUAACAACAAUACAAAAAAAAAAAAAUUGAUUUUAAAAUUAUUAAAAAAAAAAGUGAAAAACAUCUUGGCAUUAAACUUACUAACAUUAAAUUCGAAAACCAAGACCGAAUAUGUGUUAACGCAAAAUAUUACCUACAAAAAACAUAAUGAUUUUUUAUUUUCCAACUUAGAUCAUAAUAUAAGGGGAUUUCUCAUUUUUCUUAUACCAUUUUUUAAAGUAUUUCAUAAUAAAAUACCAUUAAGCUAUUUGCUUUACGAAUUAAGUAAUAUAGGGUAUAAAUCGUUAAAAACAAAAGAAGAAAUUGUCAAAAUUUUGAAUUCACCAAAUGUAUUUACAAGUAUUGUUAAUCAUAUUAUAAUGAGUAAACAGUUAGUGGAUCCCCUUGAUUAUUUAAUAUAUUCCAAAAAAUUGUCUUAUAUCGAUUUUAGCAAUAAUCAUCAGUAUGAUGAAAAUUCUAUGGAUGGCUUUUAUUGCAUACCCACUGCUCGAUUUGAAAAAGAAAUUAAUAUAAGACAUUAUAUAUUGGAUAUUAUGAAUGUUCCAAAUAAAAAAUUCCAACUAAAGGAUAUGUAUGUAUUGUUCGAGGAGAAAUAUUUCUUGGAUCUCAAUUAUGACAAUUUGUGA